AUGGGGCGCUGGGCACUGCUGCCCAGCUGGGUUUCUGCUACGCUGCUGCUGGUGUUGGCCGCUCUGCCCGCAGCUUUGGCCGCCAACAGCAGUGGUCGAUGGUGGGGCAUCGUGAACAUAGCCUCCUCCACAAACCUGCUGACGGACUCCAAGAGUUUGCAGCUGGUGCUGGAGCCCAGUUUGCAACUGCUGAGCCGAAAGCAGAGGCGGCUGAUCCGUCAAAACCCAGGGAUUCUGCACAGCGUAAGCGGUGGGCUGCAGAGUGCCGUGCGCGAGUGCAAGUGGCAGUUCCGGAACCGCCGCUGGAACUGCCCCACUGCUCCUGGGCCCCACCUCUUCGGCAAGAUCGUCAACCGAGGCUGUCGGGAAACAGCGUUUAUCUUCGCCAUCACCUCCGCGGGUGUCACCCAUUCGGUGGCGCGAUCCUGCUCCGAGGGCUCCAUCGAGUCUUGUACGUGCGACUACCGGCGGCGCGGUCCUGGGGGCCCCGAUUGGCACUGGGGAGGCUGCAGCGACAACAUCGAUUUUGGCCGCCUCUUCGGCCGAGAGUUCGUGGAUUCCGGGGAGAAGGGGCGGGACCUGCGCUUCCUCAUGAACCUCCACAACAACGAGGCAGGUCGCACGACCGUGUUCUCAGAGAUGCGCCAGGAGUGCAAGUGCCAUGGGAUGUCCGGCUCAUGCACCGUGCGCACAUGCUGGAUGCGGCUCCCCACACUGCGUGCCGUGGGCGAUGUGCUGCGUGACCGCUUCGACGGCGCUUCCCGCGUACUGUACGGCAACCGCGGCAGCAACCGAGCUUCGCGCGCCGAGCUACUGCGCCUGGAGCCAGAAGACCCCGCGCACAAGCCGCCAUCCCCCCAUGACCUCGUCUACUUCGAGAAAUCGCCCAACUUCUGCACGUACAGUGGACGUCUGGGUACUGCGGGCACCGCAGGACGCGCCUGCAACAGCUCUUCACCUGCGCUGGACGGGUGUGAGCUGCUCUGCUGUGGCCGGGGUCACCGCACGCGCACGCAGCGCGUCACCGAGCGUUGCAACUGCACCUUCCACUGGUGCUGCCACGUCAGCUGCCGCAACUGUACGCACACACGCGUGCUGCACGAGUGUCUGUGAGCCCUGGGUGGACUGUGCCCCUAGCAACACUGUCCUCUUGUCCUCCUCAAAGAGGGCACUCCGGACCCUUCUACCCUCCCACUCCUCCCUUCUACCCUCCAGCCACUCUGUCUCCCAUCUCUCCAAACUACUCCUACCUGGGGACUCCUCAAGCCACUUAUCUGGGGCAGCACCAACCCUCUGGCCAUCCUGAUGGACCUGCUCUUACCUACUUCCCUCCCUUUCCAAGGGAGAUCACUUUUGGCACUGCCACCUGCCUGGCCCAAGGUGAGAGAAGGAUUUGUUUCACUUCAAUCUGGGGUCAGAUCCAGACCCUGUUCUGGGCUGGCUCUACUGCUGCAGCACCAAGAUCUCUCAGCCUCUGACCUUCCCCUCUGUCAUCUGUCUUCUCUGGGUCUCUACACAUUGCCUACCCAUAACCUACCUUUCCCAUUCUCUGUCCAAGAUGCAGAUCCUCAACCUACACUUGAGCAUCAGGGCCUUUCUCCACCCCACCUGCAAUGAGUCGGGAGGUUCUGGGGUGAAGGGGCAGCUGUGAUGAUGUGGAGAAUAAGUUUGGGGAGUCCAGUACAAAAAGCCCCCAUUCUCUCACCCUCUGUUGUGAGGCCACUGAACAGCUGUGAGCCAUGCCUCUCUCCACCACCUCCUACCCCUUCCUGUCUGCCUCCUCAUCUGUGUGUAAAUAAUUUGCACUGAAACGUGGAUUAAAGCCACGAGUUUGGUUGUUGUAAAUAAAACUAUUUAUUGUCCUGGGUUCCUGCCUGGUUUGCAAGACCACCUUCACCCCAACCAGACCCCUCUCCAUUCUUCUCUCAUUUUGUUCUCCCACCUUCUUUCCUGUCCCUAGGUUCUCUAAGAUGCUUUGCCUACCGGAAUCAGUACUUCCUUCUACUGUAGCUAUUAGUGGCUCCUUGCCCCCACCUAUGUAGUGUCCUCCUCUGCAGAAUAAAAUCUCUAUUUUUAUCAUUGA